AUGGAGGAGAUGAAACGCCUUCAAAAGGUUUACCAACUAUUUGCAGAAACACCCACAGAAAAAGUUUCUACACAAAAGCUGGGAGACAUUCUGAGAUUUGCAGGAUACAUCGUGUCUGAAAGCUAUGCAGAAGAGCUCACUGCUUCUAUUCCCGGAGAGACAUUUGACUUCAGCCAGCUAGUAGACAUAUGCGAAAGGAUAAGGGAAAGGGAAAUAACACGCGAAGAACUGCAGAAAUCCUUCAGGAGACUUGACGUAGAUAACACGUCUCACAUCGAUGCUGGAAGGCUGGUGCAGAUUCUUUCUUCUGGAGAGAACAAAUUCACUGAAGAAGAGAUUGAGGAGCUCUUGAACAUCUUAAACCCGGAUGGAGAUGGAAAGAUCUGUUAUGAUCUGAUAAUCAAGAACAUAUUUGGAUAUUAA